AAUUGCUUUUUUAUAUUAUGUUUACAAUGUGAUUAUUAAUAAGUUUGUUUUGUACAGUGCUCGCUUUUACCGACCCCCCACCCCAUUUUCAAAUUUGUUUCAUGAUGGCCGCAUGUGCCCCCUUUUGAAUAACUUGGUUAGUUGAAAAUUUGUUAUUUGUUAUCACUUAUUGAAAAUGAACGAGUUGGUGGUGCCCCCGGCGCCCCAUUGGUAUAAAAGUUCGAUUGUGGCUUGUGCCCCCGAUAACACUUUGGUGUACGGAUCAAAAAACGAUCUUGUAGUGGUUACAGAAAAAGUGGACAAAAAACCUGCUGAUGUUCGCAUAAUUCACGGCGCACAUUCCAAACAUGUUACCUCAGUUGAUUUGAACCGAAAGUGGAAGGAUCCACACUCAUACGCGGUUUCCCUGGGUGAGGAUAGUGUCAUCAGGGUGUGGAAUUUGGACACGUUUGAGAAGAAGACGUCGAAUAAAGACCAUGUGGGACACAAAGAGGCAGUGAUUGGGGCUGUCUUUGCGGGCGACGACCGAGUCGUCUCAGCGACCUCUAGCGGUGUCGUUUCCGUAUGGAACAUCAACACCAACGAGUCCAAAUUCUUGAAAGACUUAUUCAAAAACAAAGUCACUUUAACGUGUCUGUCGUCCUGUCCGCAUGCUGGUUGGCUGUUGGCUUUUGGCUUAAGUAAUGGAGGGGUUGUGGUUGCCGACUUGCGCAGGAAUGGACAAGUUUUAUAUAAAUUACGAGGGCAUUAUCAAUCUGUAGUGUCGCUAUCGUGGUGUCCCGCACCCGUUAAUGUGUUCCCACAAAGUACUAACAAUACAGUUAAAAAUAAAUCGACGGAAGAUGUACCAGAAACAACUAGCGUUGAAAAUAACACGAAAGAGAAAAAAAUUAAUCCGUGGGUUAAUUUGGUUCAUGCUGAUGACGACGCGCCCGUUGUCGAGGGUCAAAAAGAGGUUCCAGAUUUUUUGAAAGAGUGUGACAACUUGAGGAACAAAAUUCUGGGUGUGGAAACUCAAAAAAACGAUGACGAAAAAGUGACGGUGGCGCAAGACGACAGGAGCGACAAAGCAGCCACACGUGCAGAAAAACCCCGACAACGACAAGAAGUCGUUCAGAAUAGACCCCUGCCGGUAAUCUUCGACGGGGAUUUCUUAGACGACUCCGGUCUUGAUUCUGUCGCUCUCCCUGAAGAGAAACAAAAAAUCGAGCAAGAAAAGAGCGACCUUCAAGAGAAAACCGAAGAACCGGAAAUUGAAACCAGCGGCGAAGACAGCGGGAUAAUGCGCGACGCGUAUUUAAAACCCGAGGAACCCAUUGAAGAGGAGCCACGUACCGAGUACCUAUUGGCCUCCGCCGGGAGAGACAAAAGCGUUUAUAUCUGGCGUGCCGGCACUGACGGUCGCAUGCAGACUUUCUUCUUCGCUUCCAGGAAGUCCAAUCGCCGCGAAAAGCACUCAAUGACGUGGAUUGCGCUAUGCUGGGUGACCCCGGACACGAUUUUGACGUCGUCGGCCACCGGCGAGAUUCUCGCUUGGUCCAUGCCCAAACCCAAAGAUGCGAAAAAACACUUUACUGUGGUGCAUUACGAGCACUCUUGUCUCGUUUUUAAUAUUGUGACGCCGCCGAACUACCGCACGGCGUACAACUGGCGCGAUAAAGUCGCUAUGAAUGCGUGGACGUGGGGUCAAGAAGGCAAAUUGGUCAACUAUGACUUGAGUAAGGAGAAAAUUCGAUGUUCGUUUACGACGGUGACUGCUUUAGUCACGUGUUUUUCGUCGUCAGUACUGGACCCAAACCGUUUGGCGAUUGGUUUGAGAGAUGGGGGUAUCCGGGUUUGGGACUUGAGUAUACCGCACUCGAAUGUCGUCAACAUGCAACGGUACCACCCCAAGUACACCCAAAGAGUGUCCGCCAUCGCCUGGCAUCCAGUCAGAGAGACUAUCGUGGCUUUCGGGACGGAAGAAGGACGAGUCGGCUUCAUCGACCUCACAUCGAAAAAGCACACCCUUUUCCCCCACUAUUUCCGCAACCAAGUGUAUAAAGUGGAGUGGGGUCCGGUACGAGGCGACGUGGACAAUUUAGGCCUCUACGUAGUCGCCGAAGGCAAAAUGGCAAUUUAUAACAUCGACAAACCCACUGAAAAUCCGACUCACAUGGAGCUUCCGGAAAACCUUAACGUUUAUAGAUUCGCGUGGAAGCCCGACCACACCCUACUACUAUUAAACGGAAAAGACGGUUCUUUGGUGGUGCUAAAAACCGACUUAACCGCAAUCACUACGAUUUACCCCAACGACAAGGGGCUGAAUGGUAUAGUGUGGCACCCCGACGCGUUUACCAAUAAGACCGAAAUUUCGCCGCGUUGCAACUGGUUUGCGGCCGCCACCACCAAAGGAGUGAUCGUUUUUGACUGCCACGCGCUCGACAAGAACGAUAAUUUCGCCGAUAAACUCGUGGUGUCGUUCGAGGGGCAUCUGAAGCCCCCUCUAGCCCUGGCAUGGUGUCCGUUCGAAGGGAAUAAAAUCAUCUCGACGGCAGGCGACGGUCUAUCUCAUGUGUGGGACGUAACCACCAAAACUAUCAUCGCGACUUUCGUGGAUUCGUAUCUGUCGCAUAAUUACGCAGCGGCGUGGAGUCCGGUUGAUCCAGAUUUAGUGAUAAUAGGGGAUAAAACUUUGAGGAUCUGGAGCAUUUCUGGGAAUCCACCGAGAAGCGACGAAGAGUUCAUAGCCGAACGAAAACGCAUGUUGGCCAAGUCGGCUAAAAACGACCCCGAGAAAACCGAAAAGAACAAAAUCAAAGUCGAAAUUCCAGUAAAAGUGAAAAGUGCUCCCAAAAACUACAUCGUUCCGUCGAUUUACGUGUCAAACGACGACAAUAUCAGUCAACAAGUUGACAGGAUGAGGAAAUUGAUGGACGGAGGUGGCGACAUUUCAAGCGAGAAAACGAAACUGGAUCCUUUUGAUUUAUUUGGAAAUAAAGAGCAAGUGUCGACUUUAUUGGACGCCAAUUACCAACAACACCAAAAGGAGGGUAAGUUUAAAUCGUGCGAGUUGAUCUCGUUGUGGAAAGGAAACGUGGCUGAACACAUCCAAAACGCUAUUAAUGAAAAUCGCGUCACUCCGUCGGUGAUAGCUCUAGCCCCCAUGGUUUCAAUAAAGUUGUGGCAGGACGCGUGUGUGAUUUACGCCAAAAAACUGUCAGAAGAAGCGAAUUCAGACCCUUUAGAAACCGCAAUGUAUUUCUUAGCUUGUCAUAAAGUAGAAGACGCCAUUCACUCGCUUUGUUUGAACCUAAUGUUCAGGGAAGCUCUCGCUUUGGCUAAACACCGACUGUCCGAAAAUAGCGACAUCACGACGAACGUGGUGGAAAAAUGGGCACAACAUUGCACCGACACUGGAAAUUUUGAAAACGCAGCUUAUUGCUAUAUUUCUAUCAACGAUUAUGAAAAAGCGGCCAAAGUUUUGGCGCGUCGUACUCACAAAGAGUUUUUGGAGUUCGCGCUAGAGCUGGCUGAGAAAGCGGGAAAUAAAGGACUUUGCGAUUCCAUAAAGUAUAAGUGUUCUGAAGCUCAAAGUGCUCAAAUUGCAGAACCCAGUGUUCCUUCCAGAGGUGACGCUAUAUUAAAAAAUAUGGCAGAAAAUGAGUCUCAAAUUGAAGAAGACACAACAAAGAUUGAGAAAGAAGAAUAAUUUGUAAGACUGACAAAUUUAGUUAAGUUUGACCGAAUUCCGUUGUUUUUCUUUCAAAGUAGUGGUUUUUAUGUUGUUAUUUUUCCAGUCGAGAAGUUUCGUUUCGUUUCGUUAAUAAAAAACGGAAACAACA